UAUAGUUUCAACUUUCAACGAUGAAACAUAAUAUAAUAUCGUGUUUGUAUUUCAUUUUCUUCGUCGCCAUUUUCAAAUGUGAAGCCGUAAAUUUCAAAAGUCGAGCCGGAUAUGGAACGGUGGAUUCCUUUGAAUUCGUUCCAAUAGUCAACUUUGGUGAGGUGACAUUUUCUACUUCUGGAAAAAUUGGACUUCUAGAGAAGAAUGUUAGAGUUCCGAUCGUGAUACCAUCAUGCUCUGAUCUGACCUACGUCAGAGUCGAUGUGGACAACACAGUCGGGCCUCCGUACGUCACGAUGGACUUCAACAUGAGGACAGUCAUCAUAAAGUACAGAACGGGACAGUACAGCGUUUCAUCUUUCGUGGUCACUGCCAAGUCCGUACCAAAAUCACACUGCUAA